CGACACCCCUGCAAAUGAUGAAGGCAUCUCUGGCCACGCCCCGUGCCCUUGCCAUUGCCGGUGGCUCUGUGCUCCUUCUCUUUGCAAGCCCCGCAGAGACGUUUUGCGUGCCGCCUUCGGCGUUCCAAAAUACACUGCCGAGCAAUCUUGCCUCACGACACUACCAUGGAUCAUCCGCUUCAACUCGACCAGCAGCAGCACCAGCAGCAACAACAGCAAGGAUCGGCUUUCCAACCCAGCGGCGGAGCUUGGUUGCGAUGGCGCUAUCCGACUCGGGAGGCAGUGGAGAUGAAGGCGAUGGCGUGGGGAGCGGUUGGUUGUCCGACUGGAAGCGAGGCUUGGUCUCUGCCGCUGUCGGGCUCAGCGUGUUGAGCGGCGGGUUGACGACGUCCUACUUGCCGGGGUUCACCUCUUCCGCUGCCCAAGCCGCGAUGGCACCAAGCCUGAUGCAGGACGAGAAGGGAUACAUAUCGAUAUUCGAGAAGUCAACUCCGGGCGUAGUGUACAUCAACACGUUCGUCAACCAGCGGGACGCCUUCAGCAUGAACGUGUUGGAGGUCCCAGCUGGUACGGGAUCGGGAUUCGUGUGGGACGAUCAGGGAAACAUCGUCACCAACUUUCACGUCAUUCGGGAAGCGCAAUCGGCACAAGUACGUCUGACCUUGGGGGAUGGUACACAGAAAACCUUCCAGGCGCAAGUCAAGGGGUACGAUCCGGACAAGGACGUAGCCGUGCUCAAGAUCGAUGCCCCGUCGGAGUUGCUUCGACCAAUCGGCUUGGGGGCCUCCAACGCCCUUAAGGUAGGCCAACUAGCAUUGGCCAUUGGAAACCCUUUCGGCCUGGACCACACCUUGACCAUGGGCGUGGUUUCUGGGUUGGGGAGAGAGGUGAAAUCGCCCAGCGGGCGUCCAAUCAGUAACGUCAUACAGACGGACGCCGCGAUUAAUCCCGGCAACAGCGGGGGCCCCCUGCUGGACAGCGUUGGCCGCAUCAUCGGCAUGAACACGGCCAUCUACUCGCCCUCGGGGGGCUCCGCGGGUAUCGGCUUCGCCAUCCCGAUCGACACGCUCAAGACGGUAGUGGGCACCAUCAUCCAGAAGGGGAGGGUGAGCCGCCCGAUUAUCGGCAUCACGUUCUUGGAGAGCGCGAGGGCCAACACGGUCGGUAUAAAGAAGGGGGUUCUGGUCCUGGACGUGAAGGAGGGCACGAGCGCUGCCAAAUCUGGCUUGAGGCCGACAACGCGCACCCAGCUCGGAGACAUCAUCGUGGCCAUCGACAAGCAGGAAAUCAACACAGAGGUCGACCUGUUCAAGGUCCUAGAAUCACGCAAGCCUGGCGACGAGGUUGCGAUCACCGCGGAAAGGGUAACGGAGGACGGUACGGAGACCCUGUUCCUCAAGAUCCAGCUAGCAGAGGCGCCGCAGCCUAUUGUACAGGCCAGUUAACCUUUGCCUCGACCUUUGGCCAGGCUCGAGGUGGACAACCAGUGACUUCUCGGCCUCUCGGUGACACCGGCAGCAGCAGCAG